CACCAAGUCCUUGUCACGGGCAAACAACAUGUUUCCCGUUGUCGGAGAAAAAAAAACUUGAUACUGUAUGGGCCGGCGAGCGAUUAGCUUCCGGUUGAGGCGCUGGGCAGAAGGUGAAGGCCGGCGAUGAUAACGCGUCUCAAACUUCAUACUUCGUCCUCGUCCUAUAUCUGCCACGCGGUCGUCGUGAUUUGUCUCCUUAGACCAUCAAGCAUCAAUUCACCGAGGGUACUGGAUAUCUUCAACCCAAAAAUACGUGCAUGAUGGAAAACCUCGACGUCGUCGUGAUUGGCGCUGGACUCGCCGGCUUGACCGCAGCUCGCGACAUCGUAAGAUCAGGCCUCUCUUGUGUCAUCUUGGAAGCAAGAGAUCGCGUCGGCGGCAAGACUUGGAGUCAGGAACUUCCAGACGGAAAGGGGACUGUCGACCUGGGCGCUGCUUGGAUCAAUGAUGUCAACCAGACUCGAGUGUAUGGCUUGGCCAAGCAAUACAAUGCAGAGUUCAUUGAGCAGAAUACUACCGGUAAUUGUGCAAUACAAGAUGGUAGCGGAAAGAUAUCGAGCUUCCCAUAUGGCGAAUUACCACAGUUCGAUGCUGCAACUGUGCAAGAUGUAGCACGAAUUCGUGAUAUGUGCGAAGCAGAUUGCCAACUUCUGGAUGUUUUCGACCCGAACGACAAGGACUUGGAUUCAAUAAGCUUCGAAGAGUACCUGAAAUCACGAGGAGCCACCGCAACAGCUUUAUCAACAGGAACAGUAUGGACGCGAGCAAUGCUCGGACAAGAGCCCAACCAUGUAUCAGCUUUGUACUUCCUCAACUACUGCAAAUCUGGAGGUGGACUUCUACAAAUGCGUUCAGAUCGCAAAGGUGGUGGCCAGCAUCUUCGUGUACGUCAGGGAAUGCAGCUAUUCUCCAAAGGACUUUCUGGUGAUUUGCCUGAAGGUACGAUUCGUCUAUCAAGUCCGGUGACGGCUAUCAACAACAAUACUGGAGCUGGCGCCGUGGAGGUACACACCAAGGAUCACACAAUCCAUGCUCGCAAGGUCGUUACAACCCUCCCCACACCUGCGCUCAAGAACAUUUCUUUCUCGCCCGACUUACCUUCUGGCAAGCGAUCAUGGAUUGAAGCGACCACCUAUGGAUACUACACGAAAGCCAUGAUGGUGUUCAAAUCACCAUUCUGGGUAGAAAAAGGCUUCUGCGGCCUCACACAAUCUUUCAUUGGCCCCUCGUCUGUCAUUCGUGACACCAGCAGUCCAGCGGAUAACAAGCACAUUCUCACAUGCUUCAUGAGCGGCAUACCCGGUCGAGCGUGGUCGGCACUAUCAGACAGCGAGCGCGAACAAAGCCUGCUGAAACAGAUCGGUCAGCUCUUCGGCGCGGAAGAUAUCGUCGACAAGGAGUUCAUCCAACUGGUCACUUACGAGUGGAUCAACGAUGAAUAUUCUGGUUGGGGUUGUCCUUGCACCGCUCUACCGCCAGGAGUUUUUUCAAAGCUUGGAGGUGGGAGCUUAAGAGUGCCAUGGCUGGACUUGCACUUCGCUGGUACGGAAACAGCUGGCGAAUGGAAGGGUUAUAUGGAAGGUGCGGUCCGUAGCGGCGAACGUGCGGCAGCAGAAGUGAUCAAGGCGCUCCAAGGUUGACCAAGCUUUUUAAUUCGGGCCAUCUUCACAUCGAGGCUGUCUCAAAAUUUGCUUGUGGCAUUUCCAUUCAAGAUGCAACUCUCUCAUUGCUUUCUUCCAUCCUUCCUAGGCGAGCAUCUCUUCUCUAUCUGUCAAAAUGCAGGAUCCUUUUCAGCGCUACGG